ACCUUUCUCCGGUCGAACAACCUUUGAACAACGUCAAGCCACUUGAUCAUAUUCUGUGGUUCUGUGUGUAAUGUUGAUAGGCCAGUAACCGAAGAAAAUCAUAGUCAAUUUUGAGCGAUUAAAGGGUUAUUUGCACUUUACGACACCUUUUUGUUUUCUGCCUUUAUCGACAUGUGCAGUGUAUCUUGAAUGCCAAGGGCAUAGUUCAUCAGCGAACAUAACACCAUAUUUACCCUAUAUUAUUAUUUUUUGCUACAUUUGGGUAUACAAUAUGGCGACUGCUUUGAAUGAACGGGUCAGUGAAACGUCUGCAACAAAGGAGCAAGCAAAUUAAAGCGCGUAUUCCUAUGGAGUCUGCCACGCUCUUGUACCACAGUAUUCACUCGAUGUAUGGAAGCUCUUGGAAAACCUAAUGUUGAGAUUUUCUGGGAGCCUUUUGUAUCUAGUGAAUUCUACGGACCGGAAAGAAGACAUUUCUUCGCGAAUGACAGCCCUCAUCUUCUUCAAGAGAAAUAUACCUUCGCCUAUGUCAGAGAUUUCCUUGAAGGGGACUUCCCUGGUGCUAAGCUUCUGUUCGCCAAGGACGUAACUAUUAGUAUCAUGGAAAAGUUUGAGUUCAUUCCUAAGACCUACCGACAUACAUUUCUCAUCAGAGAUCCCAGGAAGACAUUCCUCUCUAUCCAGCGGUUAUCAGAUGCCUUGCCUGAGGAACAUCGCUUUGAUGUGAAGAAAGAAUACGGAAAAGGUUAUCAAGAAAUAAUUGAUGUCAUGCAAUACGUCGAGGAAACAUUGGGACAAAAACCUGUCAUUAUUGAUGCAGACGAACUGCUUUCCGAACCUGACCGAAUUCUUCCGAUGUAUUGCCGAGCUGCAGGACUCGAGUACGACCCGAAGAUGCUGUCGUGGGGCAAGGCCAGUGUGAAAGAAUUGAACUGGCACUUCGCAGAGAGUAUGCCAGAUUUCGAUAAAAUUGGACUGUUUGAUAGUGCUAUGAAAAGUUCGAAGUUUAAUCCUUCUGUUAGCAGAACUGAAAAAUCAUUUGAUGAAAGCAGUUGGACAACCGAUAUAAGAGAAUGCAUCGGAGCUGCUUUGCCUAUCUAUCAAAAGCUAUUCCAAAUGAGAUUAAAGUAGAUUUAAUCAGUAACAACUUUCAUUAUUUUCAUCAUGCAUGGUCUUGUGGCAUAUACUCUAGUCAAAGGAAAUCAAAGAAAACUAAAAAAGUGGCAACGAAGGACAGGUGGCUGGUUUAAGUGUCUAUAUACAUUCUAUAAAAUACUCACAUACUAACAUUUCUAGGUUGUGAUUUCAUGGUGUAUAGCGUAUAGAUCAGUUCGUAGUUUACUUCAUGGACUAUUUUGGUCAAAUGACGUUUCAUUUCUUUCAAUUAUGAUAGGCAGAUUUCAAAGCAAGAUAUUACGUAAGUAUGCCUUACAUAGCAGGAUGAAGAAAUUGAAUGACAGUACGGAAUUUUUGCAAUCUCUAUAUACGCAGACGCUUUCUGUAACGUAGAUAAUCUUUUGUCAAAAACCCUUCAAUGACAUAACAGCCUUUAUUGAAAAUGGGUGAAUCAAAACAGGAAGUGUCGUUCUGUACUCUGGACACACGACAUAUAUUUGCAAUUUUUCGUCCGGUCGAGUCCCGGUGGGUGUUUCAUAAACGUGUUUCAUACGUAUAUUUCAAUGUUCUUUUUGUGCGUAACUUUACGAACAGCUUUAUGAAACACCCACCAGACCUGAA